AUGGGCAGCAACGAGGUUCUCUCCCGGCAGCAGGAGCCGGCCUGGUUCGUCUCGCUCGCCAUCCUUGGCGCCCUGUACGUCGCCGCCGUCGCCUUCCGCAUCCUCUCCCACCUCGUCUUUCUACUGCCUAGCCGCCCCACCGACCUCCGCCGCCGCUACGGCGCCUGGGCCUUGGUCACCGGCCCCACGUCCGGCAUCGGCCAGUCGGUCGCCCUCGAGCUCGCCCGCCGCGGCCUCAACCUCGUACUCGUCGGUCGCGACCCUGCCAAGCUCCAGGACAUGGCAGACACCAUCUCCAACACCAACGCCUCCGUGCAAACCAAGACCGUCGUGGUCGACCUCGCCCUCAUCGCCACGCCGCAAGGCGACGAGGCGCUGCGGCAGCUCCGGCAGGCGGUGGCGGGGCUCGAGGUUGGGGUGCUGGUGAACAACGCCGGCCUGGCGAAGCCGUGCGCGGUGUACCUGCACGAGGCGGGCGUGGAGGCCUGGGUGAGGAUGAUCCGGGUGAACCUGUGGGCGCUGACGGAGGUGACGGCGGCGGUGCUGCCGGGGAUGGUGGAGCGGGGCAGGGGCGCCGUCGUCAACAUCGGCUCCGGGACCACCAAGGCCAUCCCUUCCUUCCCGCUCUACUCCAUCUACCACGCCUCCAAACGGUACGUUUCUCAGUUCUCCAGGAGCCUUUAUGUUGAGUACAGAGGCAAAGGAAUCGACGUACAAUGUCAGUAUUACAUUAGCAAUUGGUCACUGAUAAUUGAUAAACGUUUGAUCACCGUGUCAAUAUCCAAAAUGGUGUCGGUAUUUUCGUGA